AUGGCCUCCCUAGACUUCCUGCGGCAUCUAGUGCGGUCCCAUCCGCUCAUCGACAACCAUGCCCACAAUCUUUUAGACCGCGAAUUAGCCACGGACUAUGACAGCUAUCCUCUCGAAGCCAUUACGUCCGAAGCUCACGGUCGGGCCUUGCAAAAUUCUCAUACAUCGCUGCCAUUAAUUCGGGGAACAAGCCAAUUGGCCGAGCUCUAUGGCAGACCCUGUGAAGGCUGGGCGGACAUCCUGUCGGCUAGGGAGCAGUCGAUAAAGCACGACUAUGACGGAUUGGUCCGCCGGUGCUUAGAGGGAACGCACAUGCUUUUGCUGGACGAUCUCUUAACCGACGAGGACGUUGAGCCCUUCGACUGGCAUGAUCGUUUUACUAUUUCAAAAACAAAACGUAUCGUCCGCAUCGAAGCCGUGGCGGCUUCUCUUAUCCGCGAACUUGGCAGUGGUGAGCGCAAGCCUGGCGAAACGGUCUGGAGCAUUUUCCGUCAGCAAUUCCAAAAUGCUUUGUCUGAAGCAAUGGAAGACCCAGCCGUCGUUGGAUUUAAGUCUGUCGUUUGCUAUCGGACAGGCCUGGAUGUCGACCCUUAUUCUUCCGACGACGCCACAUUGGCUGCCUCGCUGGUUCGCACUCUUGAUUCGGGUACUACCAAGUCAGGAUAUCGGGUCGAAGAUAAGCCACUGAGUGACUGGCUGGUUCAACAGACACUGAAGGCUAUCACAUUCCGCAAAAGAAGCGGCGUUGUUAAGCCAUUGCAAUUCCACACGGGCUUGGGAGACAAUGAUAUCAACCUUCUCAAAGCCAAUCCGGCGUACUUGCAACCGCUUAUUGCGCAGUAUCCUGAUGCUGACAUUGUGCUACUGCACUCUGCGUAUCCCUACACGCGGGAUGCAGGUUAUCUGGCCUGCGUGUAUCCCAACGUGUACCUUGAUCUGGGUGAGGUCUUUCCCAUGGUCAGUCGCGAGGCACAGGAGAGGAUUUUACGCGAAAGCCUGGAGAUUACACCAACUAGCCGUCUUCUUUGGAGCACAGACGGCCAUUUCCACCCAGAGACCUUCUGGCUGGCCAACCGGCAGUUCCGCCAGGCCCUGGAAACAGUAAGUGGCAAAGAUUUGCUGAUUGUUUAA